AUGGACAUGCAGCGGCUGAUCCACGGGAUCUGCUAUUUUGACUCAAUCGCUGCCUAUUUUACCAAUUCCAUGCUGAUUUACAUGAUCAUCAACCAUUCGCCGGAAAGGCUUGGCGCAUACAAAUAUCUGAUGCUCUCGUUCAGCAGCUGCAUGCUCAUUUUCCCAACUUGCCACGGUCUACUAAUGCCGCACCUCUUCAUUAACGGAAAAUCAUAUGUGUUCUUCUCGGAAGGCUUUUUGAGUAGCUGGCCAUGGGCUGCGCAUGCCGGCAUCGUCUGCUGGGGGUUUCUCUUUGGGUGCGUAAUUACGGUCGUUGUGAUGCAAUUUUUAUAUAGAUACUUGGCCGUGAUAAGGGCGGCCGCAGCAUCGGAUCCCUAUCCCGAACUUGCCCUACUUGAUGCCGAGAAUCGAAUUCUGGUCCAGACGCUAACCGACCAGAUGGUCAAUGGUGAGCCGGCCUUGAAGGAGCUUGCGGAAGAGGAUGAAGACUAUCUGCUUUACAAAGAGGAAAUUGCGCAAGAAGAAUCCCUGAAAUCUCACCCACCGGAAGAGUUUUUUUUCGAGGAUAACGAGAUC